GGAUCGUAUGACGCCAUGGAGAAAUCCAGAUAUGGAGGUGGUGGUAGUGGUUACGGUGGACGCGGGGGUGACCGUGGUGGCCGCGGGGGUUACGGAUCCGGCGGUGGCGGCGGAUUUGGGGGUUCCAGAAAUGGAUGGAAGGACUCCCAGCCAGGAGAGAGGCUCCGCAAACCCAAGUGGGACCUUUCCAAACUGGUGCCCUUCGAGAGGAACUUCUACCAGGAACAUCCCAACAUUACCAACAGUCCCAUGGCACAAGUUGAGCAGUACCGCGCUGAAAGAGAGGUCACAGUCCAAGGUCGCAACGUCCCCAAACCUGUCAUUGAGUUCCACUAUGCCUCCUUUCCAGACUAUGUGAUGGAGGAGAUCAGGAAUGCUCAGUUUGAGAAGCCGACGCCCAUCCAGGCCCAAGGAUGGCCAGUCGCUCUGCAGGGUCGCGAUAUCGUGGGCAUCGCACAGACAGGCUCAGGGAAAACUCUCGCUUAUAUGUUGCCAGCCAUUGUUCACAUCAACCACCAACCCUACCUGGAACGUGGGGAUGGGCCAAUCUGCUUGGUUCUAACGCCGACCCGGGAAUUAGCGCAACAAGUUCAACAGGAGGCCUCUAAGUUUGGCAGAAGUUCCCGGAUAAAAAACACUUGUGUGUUCGGUGGUUCUCCUAAAGGACCACAGAUUCGAGAUCUUGAGAGGGGUGUAGAAGUCUGCAUCGCAACUCCUGGCCGCCUGAUCGACUUCUUGGAAGCGGGGAAGACGAACAUGCGCCGCUGCACGUACCUGGUUCUGGACGAGGCUGACCGCAUGCUGGACAUGGGCUUCGAACCCCAGAUCAGGAAGAUCAUCGAACAGAUCAGGCCUGACCGUCAGACCCUGAUGUACAGUGCCACCUGGCCUAAGGAGGUCCGACAGCUUGCCGAGGAGUUCCUGAAGGAAUACACACAGAUCAACAUCGGCGCUCUCCAGCUCUCCGCCAACCACAACAUCCUGCAGAUCGUGGAUGUUGUUCAGGAACACGAGAAGGAUCACAAGUUGAGUCGUCUGCUAGAGGAAAUCAUGGGUGAGAAAGAGAACAAGACCAUCAUCUUCGUAGAGACCAAACGCAGAGUGGACGACUUGACACGCCGCAUGCGCAGAGAUGGCUGGCCUGCAAUGUGUAUACACGGAGACAAGUCUCAGCCUGAGAGAGAUUGGGUGCUGAACCAAUUCCGGUCCGGAAAGGCCCCUAUCCUUGUAGCCACCGACGUUGCUUCCCGUGGUCUAGUUCCCUCUCUGUAGAUGGCGGGAGGAAUGACCGGCAUGACUACAUCUUGGUUACCGAGAGGAGGGGCGUGAGCCGUUUACGUGGACUCCAAUGUGCAAUGUAGGGAACGCUGCAGUCCUGCAACAAAUGCUGCUACCUUAGCUUGUAGAAAAGGCAAGAGUCAGGUGCAAUAAUAAGGGGAAAGUUACUGAGCAUUCCUGAAUUUCCUGGCUUGUACAUUGUGAGGAUGUCAGUUUUGUAUGGGAGGAGGGGUUAUGGUAAAAUUAGUUUGGGGCAAAAUUGACACACUGAUAACAGUCAAUCAAAUUUGAGGCCCUGAUUUUGGACGUUUUGGCUGGAAUAAUCAGAAAAGAAAUGCUUUGCGAAAUAACAGUUUUCUACGCAAGAUGUGCAUUACUUAGACAUUAAGAAUAAGAUAAAUGAAGAGUGGAUUUUUU